AUGGCGCUCUUGCAUUACACGUGGAAGCAAUUGGAGCUGAACUUGAAAUGGGCCUUGGGCAAGAACACCACAGUGACGAAGAGUCCUGCGAGAGAGCCCUAUCCGGGCAUCUUCGUGGAGGACCUCAGCCAGUUGAAUCGUUUCAAGCGGAAUGCCUUUAUGUGCGUCGUGGGCGCCCUCUUUCUGAUGGCAUUCUUUAGAAAUCUCAGCACCAUCUAUGUGAACACCAGGAGGAAACUGCGCCCUUUCUUUCGGGCCUGCCUGCUCUCGCUGGCUUUCUCCGAUGUGGUCUCCAGUGUCUUCUGCACCGUGUCCUAUAUAGCGCAGUUCCAUGCGGAUUAUCUCCAGUUGUGGACCAUUGGCAGCUUUAUGAGCAGGUUUGUGCCCUUUGUGACCACCACAUCGGUGCUCUCCGGCAGCUUGACCCUCGUCGCUAUUGCCUGUCUCUGCGUGGGCCUCAUAUGGGUGUGCUCCAUAGGCGCUUCUGCAGCACUGUUUGGCAUCUACGAGUAUCAAAGAAUCUAUCUCCUGGAGCUGGAGACCCCGACACAGCAGACAACAGACGACGACGGGGAGACAGAUCAGAAGCUGGAGGUCACAGAAUUGGAGCUGGUCAGCAUGUGCCUGGUGUAG